AUGAGCGUCUCACCGUUCCCCCCACCGGAUCCGGCGCAACGUACUCCAGCGGAUGGACCCUCGAUGCGCGACACCCACGACUCGUAUCCGGCCGGCGCUCCUUCGUCUUCGCAUGCACACAUUGCGAACGAGGAGCCCUUCUCGUCGGCAGCAGCAUACAGGAGCUCCAUGUCGCCCGUAGCAUCGCCUCAGCCCCGACCGAUCUCUUCAUCGUUCUCCAACUCUGGCCAUAACGGUGGAUUCUCAAUCCAGCCUGGACCUGCGGCUGUUGCCCAGGAACGCUCGCCGCCCCUCAACAGUCCAACGAUGGUGUCACCGACCAGUCACUACGCUGUCGCUCCCAAUGGCGGCUUCUCUGCCAGCCCGAGCUUCGGCGGAUAUCAGCAAGAUCCCAGGCUCGGCAGUCCGCCUCCUGGCAGCUUUUCGCAUCCUGCUGCUUCCAGCGGCGGCUUCGCGGCAGGUCCCCAUGGGGCAGGCUAUCAGCAGGAUCCCCGACUCGGAAAUCCCCCUCCAACAACUUUUGCGCACUCCAGCGCCCCCAACGGCUUCGCUGCCGGUCCCACCCCUGCCGGCUACGAACGCCCCCAUCCAGCCAAAAGCCCACCUCCCGCCUCAUCCCUCGUCAUCCAAGAUCCCGCCUCCUCGCCCGCACCCAUGACCGCCUCCACCGCGCAGCGAGCCAACACGGCCACCGCCCGCUCUGCCCGCUCCUCGAAACGCGACGGCACCGCGUCGAUCUCCAAAUCCGCCCGCUCCUCGGCCACCUCCUGGUACCCUGGCUCCCCCAACUCGCCCACGCGCGUCCCCUCCCGCAACGCCUUCCUCUACAUCCUCAUCUCCACCAUCGAGGCCGCGAUCAUCAUCACCCUGGUCGCCUUCAUCUUUGCGCGCAUCGUCACCGAGGUCGACGACUUCAGCCAGAACCUCAAGACCGUGUCCGUCUACCUGGCGGUCUUUGUCUUCGGCUGCGUCUUCCAGGUGAUCAUCUCGUACGAUGCGGUGCGGUUGAAGAACACGAUGCAGCUGAUUGGGGUGUUGAUCUUCAACAUUGCGUUGACUGUCACUGCAGCAUUGGAGAUUCGACAGAUUCGAGAUGCGUUGAAUGCGCAGGAUGCGAUCGAGGGCGGGAUCCCAUGUGCGGAUGAUCCGAACCAGCUCUGUGCUGCAAGAAACUUGUUUCCCACCGUGGAAAGGUACCUCAUCGCCGUAAGCGGGGUCUGCUUCCUCGCAGAGUUCUUCUUGGCUGCAAUGACGUACAAGCUCUGGAAGGACUUCGGUUGGAUCAUCUACCAGAAGAUCGGCGCGGAUCUGCGCGUGAGGAGGAUGUUCUUCUGGUACCAGCUGUUUAUCGUUUUCCUCAAGUUUGCGUUUUUCUUCGGAGUAGGCUUUACGGUGAUCUACCUGAUCCUUGUCGCCCAAACCACGGAUUGGGAGUACGCCGUGACCAUCGCUGCUGUGCCCGUCGCAAUGGUCGCGCUUUUUGCGGCGGGUUUCGCAGUUCGAAGGGAAUGGACGAGUUUGAUGGUCGUCUCGCUCUUCCUGAUGAUCGUGGGACUCGUGUACUUCGUAUACAAGCUUACGCAGGUCUGGCUCCCCGCGACGCGCGACGAGUAUACGUAUGUUCGGAUGACCAUCACCUUCAUCUCGGGCUUCGCGAUCCUCAUGUUGGCAUUGACGCUGUUGAACGGCUUCGUGUGCCUCUUCAACUUUCAUAAGGGUCUCAAGCCGGCGCAUGAUGCGAUUGGGACAUUUGGUGGCGUGCACCGCCAACGGGCGAGGAAGGACAAGGACACGGGGAACAACGAUGACGGCAACGCGGAUCUCGAUGGCACGGUGGAUGCGGAGAAGCAGCCGAACGGGCACAGGGGAAGCGUGGUCGACUCGAGACGGACAAGCAUGCUCCAGAGCCCCGGGUACAGCAGCUAUGCAGAAGCCCCCAUGCAAGGGCGACGCAUGAGCACUCAACCCAUUUACGAGGCGAAUCACGGAAGUGCAGUACCGCCAGCCCUGCAACCGGGCGGAAUCGCAAGUCCCAUCCCGCACCACGCGGUAAGCCCCACACAGAGCCCCCCGCCAACGGCCCUUCACCCCCAAUACGGCUACCCGCAGCAGAUACCGCCUCAGGCAUACCAACCUCAAGCACAGCCCAUCGCCGAAUCGACCCCGCUCAAACCCACCGCCUCGCGCGUCUCGUUGGAUUAG